UUCACCUUCCCUUCUUCACAAAUUUCACCUAAGGCAGGCCCUGUUCGUGAAAUUUAGACUCAGUCCUCCCACUCUUUCUUAUAAUCCAAUCGUUUUAUCAACACCCACUUGUCUUCUUGCGGCAUCAUUCUGAUCUUUUCUCCUUUUCGCCUCCAAAAAUUCAAAAUAACUCAGUUGAUAGAGACUGCAAACAUGAAAUAAAGUUAGACUACGCGUUUUAAUUCAAAGUUUCCCUUUAAUGGUUGGUUUGCCUUAGCUUUCUGUGAUCAGAACGCUGUUUUUUCCACUUGUUUUUUGAUCUCUGCCCAUGUUCUUCAGCUCGAUUUGAAGUUUCGACUCAGUUGGUGUUUGUAUUUGGCUAAAACUCAAUUGGGUUUGUGUUGGUUUGGGUUUUGGUUGCUUUCUUUGAAAUGGGUAAAGUUGAGAAUCGGAGUUUUCAUCGAUUCAGGCUUCGAUUUGGGGUUUAUGGGUUUGUUGUAAUGAGUUUUCUGUUUCAGAGUUUUCAUUUGUGUUGGUCGCUGAAUGAAGAAGGUUUGACUCUUCUGAAGUUCAGGGAGAGAGUUGUGAAUGAUCCAUUUGGUGCUUUGUCAAAUUGGAAUGAUCACAAAGAAGAUAUUAAUCCAUGCUUUUGGUUUGGAGUUGAAUGCUCAGAUGGGAAAGUUGUAUCUCUGAAUUUGAAAGAUCUUUGUCUUCAAGGAACACUUGCUCCUGAGCUCAAGAACUUACUCCAUAUAAAAUCUAUUAAUUUGCGAAACAAUUCUUUUAUUGGAACCAUCCCUCAAGGAUUGGGAGGACUUGAAGAACUGGAGGUGCUAGAUUUAGGAUACAACAACUUUUGUGGGCCACUUCCAUCUGAUCUUGGAAGUAAUCUUUCACUUGGAAUCCUCCUGUUGGAUAACAAUAAGCAUCUUGGUGGCUUAUCUCCUGAAAUUUAUCAGCUUCAACUACUUUCUGAGUUUCAAGUCGAUGAGAACCAUCUUUCUAAUACAGCUGAAGGAUCAUUAUGCAACAAGGAAUCCAUUUCAUGUGAUGUUGUUCAAGUAAAAGACAGUAGAGGAAGAAGAGAGCUCCGGGCGUCAGCUAGUCAAGCUCAGUCGACAUUUCAGAGUAGAGUUGCACAAAUUGUAAUUCUUACAAGUCCACUCUCUGCACUAUCUCCGCCACCAUUGUCAGGUGGAACAUCUGAAGCACCACCUGUACCACCAUCAUCACCACCACCAGCAGCUCAAGAUCCUCGAACACCACCACCACCACAUCCCGGCAUAUCUUCUAAUGAAACCAGUCCACCAACUGGCAUAUCUAUAUCAAAUAAUGAAACCACUCCACCUCCUUUAUUUCGGUCUCCUCCCCCAACGAAAACCCCACCAGAAGCUUCCAAGGAAUUACCUCCACCCCAGCCUGCUUCAAACCAACAAGAAACAGGCAAGAAAAAGUCUUCAGUCGGUGUAGUUGUAGGAGCAAGUGUGGGGGCUGCAAUAUUUGUUAUUGCAUUGGCUGUUGGCAUUUACCUCUGGACCAACAAUAAAGCUACUGUCAAACCGUGGGCGACGGGACUAAGUGGACAGCUUCAGAAAGCAUUCGUUACUGGUAUUCUUCAUUCUGAAAAAAGAACAAAAAAUCUAGUGGUUUCAUUAAUUGGUGUGCCAAAGCUGAAAAGAUCAGAGCUUGAAGUAUCUUGUGAGGAUUUCAGUAAUGUGAUUGGUUAUUCACCCAUCGGCCCGGUCUAUAAAGGGACAUUGUCUAGUGGGGUCGAAAUAGCCGUAAACAUCAUUUCAGUGAAGUCGUCUAAAGAUUGGUCCAUGGCAUUGGAAUCUCAGUUCAGGAAAAAGAUCGAUACGCUAUCGAAAAUAAACCACAAGAACUUUGUCAACCUUAUUGGUUAUUGCGAAGAAGAGGAGCCCUUCAGCAGAAUGAUGGUUUUCGAAUAUGCUCCCAAUGGAACGGUUUUCGAACAUCUUCAUGAUGAAGAAUUUGAACACUUGAACUGGAGAAUGCGAAUGAGAAUUGCAAUGGGAAUGGCUUACUGCCUUGAAUACUUGCACGAGCAGAACACACCGCUAAUCCAACUCAACCUUACCUCAUCGGCCAUCAAUCUGACUGAGGAUUAUGCAGCAAAGAUUUCAGAGUGUAGUUUACAAAACGAAAUCGUUGCAGACGAGCGGAUCUGCACCAGUGGACACCUCUUAAACACUUCAUCAGGAGGUCCAGAAAGCCAAAUCUACAGCUUUGGGUUAGUGUUGUUAGAACUAAUGACAGGUAGAAUCCCCCAUUCAGCACAAAAUGGUUUACUUGAAGACUGGGCAAUACAAUACUUAAGAUUGGACAAACCGCUCAAGAAGUUCGUCGACCCGACUCUCACAUCGUUCCAAGAGGAGCAGUUGGAGCAAAUCGGUCAGUUACUAAGAUCUUGCUUACAUUCCAAUCCAGAGCAGAGACCAACGAUGAAGCUCAUUACCUCAAGGUUGAGAUUAAUAACCGGGAUAACCCCGGAUGAAGCGAUCCCGAGGCUUUCUCCUCUUUGGUGGGCCGAGCUCGAGAUUGCAUCAGAAGGACGAUGAGGCGUGGAUGUAUUAUUGCAAGUAUGAGCACAACUUCUGUAUCCUGUAUCUAGUUUUCUGCUGGAUUAUACUGUAGAUAUCAUUGCUUUAAAAGUUUUGCUUGUAUAUAUGUGAGAUGGUUAAUAUAUAUGCAUAACAAGUUUAGUCUCUUCAAAAAA